AUGUGGCUCAUCAACACGUCAACACUAUCGCUAGAGCUCUUCUACAGCGAUGCCACUCCCCCAUACGCCAUCCUCUCCCACACCUGGAGCCACGACGAGCUGUCCUUCCAGGAGUUCCGCGCCCUAAACGCAGACAACAAGCACAAGUUCGAACACAGAACAGGCUACCACAAAGUCAUCAACACGUGCGAGCAAGCCCAAAAGGAUGGACUCCCGUACAUAUGGAUCGACACGUGCUGCAUCGACAAGACUAGCAGCGCUGAGCUGACAGAGGCUAUCAACUCCAUGUACACAUGGUACCAAGGGUCGGAAAUCUGCUACGCUCACCUCGAGGAUGUCGAAAUCGGCAACCACAGUGACACUGGUGAUACAUCUGUAUCCAUAGACCAGGUUGACGCUGCGUUCCGUGAGUGUCGCUGGUUCACACGAGGAUGGUGUCUACAAGAACUGUUGGCACCGCGGUGCCUCUGGUUCUACGAUAAGCACUGGCGGGUAAUUGGCCAAAGGGGCGAUCUAAGUCGUAUAAUUUCUCGAAUCACGGGCAUUCCAGAAAUGGUGCUCGCUUCCUCUCACGGGACACAUAUCCAUGAGUUUCCCAUCGCUACCCGUAUAUCCUGGAUGGCGAGACGGCACACCACAAGGGUGGAAGACAUGUCGUAUAGCCUCCUGGGAAUUCUGGACAUCAACAUGCCGAUGCUCUACGGAGAGGGACAAAGAGCCUUUCAACGUCUUCAAGAAGAAGUCAUCCGGAAAUACAACGAUCUCUCCAUCUUCGCCUGGACGCCUUCCACAAUAUCCCCCUCCGUGACAUUUAUCCCCGUACUCGCCCAAAGUCCAUCAGACUUCACCAGAGACAUCUCCCCAGACCAGGAAAACGACAACACCAACCCAGACGACCACCUCAACCACCGAGUCAACACACAAUUCUCCCUCACAAACCAAGGCAUCGUCUUCCCCUCCAUUAAGCUCUACUCACAGCACCAACGGCCCCCCUUCCGGCACCACUACGUCCUCUACCUCAACCACCGCGACACUUCCUUCCGCAACGGCAUCACCCGCCACAAAUGGUACAUCCUCCUCCAAAAGAUCGGCCCCGGCCUCUUCGUCCGCCUCCACGAAACACCCGACCGCACCUCCGCCUUCCGCAAAUCCCCCAUCAUGGACCCCUGCUCCGAGCCCGUCUGCAUCCUCACCCAGCUCUCCGCACCGCUCACACGACAACUCACGCACUGGGAGCGCCACGCCGUGCGCCUCCGCUGGAGAAGCUGGCCGAAGAAGCGCCAAAAGUUCUGGCACGUACGGGCGGUAGAGCCGCAGAGGAACUGGGACCGCGUGGCCGGCCAGUUCCUGCUGGAGAUGGCGACGGAGCAGUUCAUGCGGAUUGAGUUUGCGCCGGGCGAGUACUCCUCCAAUCCGGGAAUGGAGUACUUCGUCAUUGUGAUUCAGGUGGGGGAUGGGAAGAGGAGGGAUCCGCGGAGGGUGUCGGCGCAUAUUGUGAGUAGUAGGGUUCAUGAGGGGAUUAAUGCGACGCCGUUUGAGUUUGCGUUUAGGGAGAAUUUGGCGCUGCGGGCGGUUGAGAAGCUGGGGGAGAGGUCGAGUACGAUUUCCAUGGUUGGGUAUGAUAUUUCUAUGGGGGUGGAGGUGGUUGAGCAGGCGGACGGGGUGCCGUAUCAUUCUGUUUAUCUUGACUGGGUGAAGAGUAAGGGUGCAGUAGAUGAAGACACGUCUGGUGUGAAAGACCUUGCUUCAAAAAUAGAAGUGUUGGAAAUGGCAGGCUAG